CCGCGCACACAAACAGUGCCAGUCUCUGACUCCUGUCCUCCCAAAGGACCCAGCCUAGGUAAAGGCUGACCCGGGAACUCUUAGACAUGGGGACGGAGCUUCUGGCCAGCAAUCUCUCUGCCUCGCGUUGCUCCUGGACGCACGGCUGCGCAUGAGACAGAUUGCACCCACUGCCGCUCAUCACGGCCCAGUGGAGGGAGCACCGCAGAGCCAUCAGGGUUGGUGAGAGGGUGACAGACGGUGGGGCUUUCCUUAAUUCUUCUGAGCUGCCACUUUGUCCGCACAAGGCGUCAUACAGAACUGAUCAGGAUGUUGUUGAAGGGGCUCUUAGGAAGAGGACUCCAGGUGGAGGGCAAGGCGGUGCUCAUCACGGGCUGUGACAAGGGAUUUGGCCACGCCUUGGCCAAGCACCUUCAUGCCAAGGGAUUCACCGUCUUUGCUGGGUGUUUGUUCAGGGACCAGGGAGGCGAUGGAGCCCGGGAGCUCGAGGGCCUGGGGCCAGAACGCAUGAAAGUCCUGCAGCUCAACGUGUGCCGGGAAGAGGAGGUGGCCCGGGCAGUCAAGUCGGUGCAGAAGGACCUGAAGGGGCCAGAUCAGGGUCUGUGGGGCCUGGUGAAUAAUGCAGGGAUCGCUUCCUUUGGGGAUGUGGAAUUCACCAGUCUUGAGAAGUACCAGGCCGUGGCAGAUGUCAACUUGUGGGGGACCGUCAGGGUGACGAAGGCUUUUCUGCCCUUGAUCCGCCGUGCUCGAGGCCGGGUCGUCAACGUGAGCAGCAUGCUGGGACGCAUGGCCAGUCCGCUGCGCUCCUCUUACUGCAUCUCCAAGUUUGGGCUGGAGGCCUUCACCAGCUGCCUGAGGCAGGAGAUGUACCGCUGGGGCGUCAGAGUCGUUGCCAUCGAGCCGAGCAACUUCAUUGCUGCCACGGGCAUCCUGACCCGGGAGGGCAUCGAGGCCCAGGCGGAGGAAAUGUGGCAGCAGGCCAGCGAGACGGUCCAGGCCGAUUACGGCGAGCCCUACUUCCUGGAGCAGGCCCAGCGGAUGAAGGCUUUCGUGAGCAGCGGCUUGCAGGACAAGUUGCCCGUCCUCGAGGACAUCACCAGCGCCUUGAUCUCCCGGUGCCCCUACACCCGCUACAACCCCAUGGAGGCCCAGUGGUGGGUGCGGCUGCAGGCCAUGGCCCACUUGCCCACCAUGCUGGCCGAUUGGCUGUACAUAGAUUAGCCUCCAGAGUGUGUGGGGGGGGGGGGCUGUGCCAAGGAACCCUCCCCUCCCCUCUCUGCACCCACAAGGCCUGAGAGUCCUGCGUGGCUUUGCUUCCUGGGCCUGAGAGUCCUGACCCCGCAGCAGUGCUGAUUAUGGAUCUUCACUUCGUAGUUGAAUUGAUUUUUAUAUUUUGCAAUCCUCCUUGAUUCUCAGUGAGGGAAGCCGACUAUAAAUGGAAUAAAUAUUUUUUCAAAACUU